GUUCAAAUUAUGGCAAAUCUCUCAUGAAUCCCAGCGCGCCUCGUUAAAUGGUCUUCCAUGAGCUGGGUUUGAUGGUAGCAAACAGCUGUUCUCUCUCGGGCGCUGGAAGGCGGUCGGAUCGCGUUGAAGCCUCAUCAACGAACGCUUACGAGUCUGACCAUCAUCACAUCCCUUCGUUCCCGCUGCCUUCGAUUGCCUGGCCCAGCAUAUCGCAGCUCCACGAGAGACUCAAGUCUAAUCUGUGUGGGGGACGGGUGAAGAGGCUGCUUUGAGGAUGAAAAAGAACUGGGCGAUCCGCUUGCAAGGUUUUGGGGACGUGAAUGGCGGAUGCCGGCAUUGUACAUCCGGCUGCGCACUGUCCACAACAGACUCGGCGGUGGCGCCAAAUGCGACACACACUCAUCAACAGACAUGUACCCUCUGACAGGCCCCGAAGCCCUCCCUGGCCUUAUUUUGAGAUGGAAAGAGAUCGGGUUAUUCGGCUUGGAUAGAGAAAAAUGACGAUACAAGGCCUUGCGGCACUGCUACAGCAAGCACAAGACCACCCCUUUUUCACUCUGGUUGGAUUCACCCUCGUCGCGACAUUGGCGGUCAUUCCCGGCAGGAGGCUCAGAAUGGUCAAGCCGAAGUACUGGCACUCGACCAAGUCACUGAUCUUGAAGACGAAAGACGGUCGAUCUACCUCCUUUGCAGACUUGUGCAAAUCUCUUAUUCCGCCAUGUCGACUCAAUCCGUUCCUUUUCAAUGGCCACCUCCAGACUAUCUGGACUGUCUUAACACGAGAGUCGGUGCCGAUCUACUACAAGCGCAGAAUAUUUGAAAACGAAGACCCAAUCUUCACAGGCCAGUUCUCGGUUGACUUCGUGACGUCUCCCAACAAUGACUCGGACCCGACCUUGCCGUCGCGCACGACAUACUUUACAGAACAAGAGUUCCAGAAUAUGGGCUCUCCAGACAACCGCCCGAUGCUGGUCAUGCUCCAUGGAUUGAGUGGAGGCUCCCACGAGCUCUACCUUCGCCAUGUCCUAGCUCCUUUGGUCGGAGAGGGAGGAUGGGAAGCUUGUGUCGUUAUUUCGAGGGGUUGUGCCAUGACCAAAACCACCAGCAGCGUGCUGUACAACGCACGGGCAACCUGGGACAUGAGGCAGACUGUCAAGUGGCUUAGGAAGACUUUCCCCAAUCGCCCUCUCUUUGGAAUGGGCUUCUCUUUGGGUGCCAACAUUAUUACGAACUACCUUGGUGAGGAAGGCAGUGAUUGCCCGUUAAAAGCAGCCGUUAUUCUGUCCAAUCCAUGGGAUCUCAGCGCGGCAAAUCUUGCACUCCAAAGAACAUGGUUCCAUCGAAACGCCUACUCCGCCAGCAUGGGUCAGAGUAUGAAGAAGCUCUUCGAGAGGCAUGUGGACCAGAUCUCCCAGAACCCCAAGAUUGACGUCGACCUUGUCCGCAAGGUGAAGUAUCUUCACGAAUUCGAUCGAUAUGUCCAAGGUCCCACAUGGGGCUAUCCCACAGAAGGGGCAUAUUACCGAGAUGCGUCGUCGGUCGAUUCGGCAUUGUCCAUUAGGAUCCCUUUCCUGGCAAUACAUGCUGAAGAUGAUCCGGUGACUGCAAGUGAAGCGCUGCCACGGGAAGAAGUACAACAGACUCCGUAUGGGGUACUCUGUACGACUCCUGGUGGGGGUCAUUUGAGCUGGUUUGAGCUCGGUGGCAGGAGAUGGUUUGAAAGAGUGACCACAGCAUUUUUCCAGACCAUGGCCAACGAUAUUGACUUGGACGCAAUUUCCAAGACAGACGGCAAUGGCGCUCAGCUCGAAGGUCAAAUCUCCCGCGGCGAACGGCAGCCACUGAAGCCUGUCUUCGAGCCGAUGCGGAGAAAGAUGCAUGUCCCAGGGCUAUGAGACUUCCCUUUGACAUGAUCAGUGGGGAUUCUAGACACCGUAGAGGGCCCAGCAUGAGAUAGAAAACAUAGAAUCGACUCCAGGACUCUUGUCGCUCACGCGAAGGAGACUCGCU